AUGCCGGCGGCAGGGAAGGAGCUCCCCGCGCCGCCGCCGCCCUGCACCUCUCGCUGCCCCGGGCAGUGGGAGUUCGAGUUCAUCAUCGUCCUCACUGGCGACCCACUCGGCUUCCAGAGGCUGCCAGACAAGUUUGCCGAGUUCGUUGCCGGCAAUGAGCUAGCCGUGCUGCAGCUGUGGGAGGCUGGUUGCGGCUUCUGCCGGUGGCCGGUGGACGUGCUAUUUGACGGGCGCGGCAAGAUGUACCUCCAUACCGGUUGGGAGAAGUUUGUACGCUUCCACGACCUCCAAGACGGCUGCGUACUCACAUUCUCCUACCAAGGCGACAAGGAGAUGAGCGUGAAGGUGUUCAACGACACGUCCUGCCGCCGGCACUACCACAUCGACGACGAAGAGGAUGACGAUUGA